AUGCUUCGAUCAGUUCCUCGUCGAAUUCCUCGACGUAUCCCUUCUCUCACUUCGACUGCCGGCAGUCCAUCUCGCCUUGCCUUGCGCUCGUUCACAUGCGGUUAUCCGCGGAUGUCGGCACCAACGUUGCCCCCCGUUGAACCUCUCGUGUCAUCCGCACUGCCGGGCGAUUCAUACCAACUUCUGUCGACGGCUGACAAGGCUGGUGCUGCUGAAGAUGCCUUGUAUGAGCAACAAAUCAAAGAUGUGGAAGCUUGGUGGGCGUCACCGCGGUUCGAGGGUAUCAAGCGGCCUUAUUCGGCCGCGGAUGUCGUUAGCAAACGGGGCUCUUUGCAGCAGACCUAUCCGAGCUCGUUGAUGGCAAGGAAGCUUUUUAAUUUGCUAAAUGAGCGAGCAGCUGAGGGGAAGCCAGUUCACACCAUGGGUGCCAUUGACCCUGUACAGAUGACCCAGCAGGCGCCCAACCAGGAGGUUUUGUACAUUUCUGGCUGGGCAUGCUCCUCUCUGUUGACUACUACCAACGAGGUGUCUCCCGACUUUGGUGACUAUCCUUACAAUACCGUUCCAAACCAGGUCCAGCGCUUGUUCAAGGCCCAGCAGCUGCACGAUCGGAAGCAAUGGGAUGCUAGACGGAAGCUCACGCCCGAACAACGGAAGGAUACACCCUACGUUGACUACCUACGCCCAAUUGUUGCAGACGGAGAUACAGGACACGGAGGGCUGUCCGCCGUGUUGAAGCUGGCUAAGCUUUUUGCAGAGAAUGGCGCGGCAGCUGUUCAUUUCGAGGACCAGCUUCAUGGCGGUAAGAAAUGCGGUCACUUGGCUGGUAAAGUCCUUGUGCCUAUUGGAGACCACAUCAACAGGCUUGUCGCUGCACGUUUCCAGUGGGAUAUGAUGGGAACAGAGAACCUGGUCAUUGCUCGUACGGACUCGGAGAGCGGACGUCUGAUUAGCAGUGCUAUCGAUGUGCGCGACCACGAGUUCCUUCUCGGUGUUACGGAGAAUGUGGAACCUCUCGCAGAGACCUUGCAGGCCAUGGAGCGAGAAGGAGCUGCUCCUUCAGAAAUCGAUGCGUACGAGAUGGACUGGGUUAAGAGACACAAGCUUGUCACUUUUGAUGAGGCUGUCGAUGCACACCUUGAAGCAGAGGGUGCGCCUCAGUCCGCUCGCGACGCAUACAAGAAGCGUGUUCAAGAGAACCCCGACCUUUCUAUCUCUCGUCGCAGGGCCCUGGCAGACGACUAUUCCCAGACACCGGUGGUUUGGUCCUGCGAUACCCCCCGCACCCGGGAGGGAUUCUACCAUUACCGUGCUGGAUUCGCGGCUGCCACCAAGCGAGCCAAGGAGUUCGCACCUUACUCGGAUCUUCUUUGGGUUGAGACUGGUGAUCCGGAUGUUGCCAAGGCUGCGAAGCUGGCAGGUGAUGUGCGCGCUGCGCACCCUGGCAAGAAGCUGGUUUACAACCUGAGCCCAUCAUUCAACUGGAUGGGUCAGGGCUUUGAUGAAGCUUCUUUGAAGUCCUUCAUCUGGGAUCUAGCGCAACAUGGAUUUGUUCUGCAAUUGAUCUCCCUCGCCGGUUUGCACACCAACGCAACCAUCACGACGGAACUCUCGCGCGCGUUCAAGGAUGAAGGCAUGCUCGCCUAUGUCCGCAUGGUUCAGGCCCGAGAGAAGGAACUGGGCGUGGAUGUGCUGACCCAUCAGAAAUGGAGCGGUGCUCCAUACCUGGAUGGCAUUCUCGGAGCUAUCCAGAGUGGCAGCAGCAGCAGUAAGAGUAUGGGCGAGGGGAACACCGAGAAAGGCUUCUAG